ACGAACUAAGCAAUUAGGAAAUUCAGAAAAAGUUUAAAAUAAUUAGUAAAAGCAUUAAAAAAAAACAAGUUCUGUUUCUUAAAAAGUAUAAAAAUCCAACAUUUAUUCGGUCGAAAGCUGGUGAAUAUCUUGAAAGACUUUAGAAAAGUUCAUGUCGAGUUAUUUGAGUGAGAAUAAAUUGAAAAUAAACUAUAAUUCAGUUAGCUACAUUGAUUACCUAAUAAAUAAAAAAAAUUAACUAUCAAACAAUUCACAAUCGCAGUUAAGUUUUCAACUCUUGUCAAACAUCUUUAUUAGUAUAUAAAAAUAUAAACAAGUGUUUAGCCUUCGCACACAAUGUUAGUAAUACAUCAGAUGUGAAAACCCACAUAACAUAGGAAACCACAGUAAUAACACAACAACAAUAUAUGAUAAAAACAGCAAUAGACAAGAAGUAAUAAACUCUAACAUCAGCCGCGCUGCAAACGCUCUGACGUGCCGCAGUGUUUGUUAUCCAGUUGUCAAACCCACCUGCGGUGUCAGUGAAUGCUCAAACAUCGCGUCUAACUAUAGCACAGAUCAGGCUAAAAAUAGAACAAACAUUGACAGCCGCGCUAUAGAUACGCCAAGGAAUCCACCGUCUUACACUUACACCUAGCAAUACGUACAUAGAAGGUAUUUAAACAUAAAUUUGUGCGCUGUUAGGUGGCAAGCAGCAUACUCGUAGGCAGGCAUUGGGGCUCCAAGCUAUAAGCGCUCAUUCGCGCUCUGUGGCUAGCUGCUGCUGGACGCUUGCUGAAGAUAGGUGCCACGGCUAUUAUUGUAUACUGUGUCGUAGGCAAAAACAGGUCCAAAAAUAGUCACUGGCGUGUCAAACAUUAAUGCCGAGCAGCAACACCAAUACACAACAAACGAAAAAGUGGAAAAAAAUACUGAACAAUCAGCAGCAAACAGCUAUAUUCCCUGCAAUUGAACAUAGAUUCAUUUGUAACGUGGACACAACUUCAAGAAAACAAACACAGUAAUUUUAAUAACAAGCAGCGGCAGUAGUGCAUUGAAAAAGUAGUCAACAUUGUAGCCGACUAGAAGACUCCAAAGCACCUCGCGUACGAGCGCUUGGACCAGAGCGAUGUUGAGCUCACACCGAAACAGUGCGAACCGCGCACCACAACACUGCAAACGUCAAUAAACAUAAACGAAGAAUUGCAUUAUUCGGUGGCGUUACCGUUAGUCACAUAAGUAAAAAUCAUAAAAAUAAAUUUAAAAAAUAAAUUGCAAUUUUGUUUAAAAAGAAAUUAGCAAAAAGAAAAAAAUAUAAUUAUAUGUUUUAAAUUGCUAGUGAUGUGCAACUUGUGAUCUUCAAUUACGCGUUUACGUAAAAUAUAAAUUCGAUUAAUAUAGUAACUCAGUUAUCUCAAAAUAAAAAAAGUUCCUGAAAAGGUGGUUUUGGUGAAAAGAAGCGAAUCAUAUAGUUAAAGCUUUGAAGUGGAACUACAGAGUACGAGUGUAAUAGCCAAUAAAUAUAACAAAGUUUCAGAAAAUUUCGGCAAAAUCUGUUGCUGUCAGCGCGGGAGACGUCAGUUUGUUUAUUUGUGUCCACAGGCAUAUAAUGUUUAGAUAUCGCCUAAGUACUCAUAUACGUAGCGGUCAGACAACAACAAUCACACAAAAUGAUGUUUCCAAAACACACCGUAAAUUUUCCUAACCUGCUGUGCCUUAGUUUAGUCGUUAUCAGUUUUGUAUUUUGUGUGGAACUAUCGCCGCACUGUACAGAAGCUCUACCUUUACUUCCUGGUGGCAGUAAUGAUGUGGAGUUCAAACGCUACUGUAGUACUAAUCUCUCAGAUGCGAUCCGUCUCAUAUGCGGUGGACGCUACUACUCACUGUCUCGAAAAUUUCCCGAUAGUGUUGGCAUGGGACACGUGUCCAGCCUGAAGCGGUUAGCCGGUGAGGAAGGUGAAUAUCGGCAACCUUUUCAAGGUGCCAUACACGAGUGCUGUCGCCGUCCGUGCGGGUAUCCGGAGCUCAAAUCAUAUUGUGAACCCGAUUACUGAUCUUCAAUGAUACGAUAAAGACGUAUGCGAGAGAUUGGUAAUAAACCAUUUGACUUAGGCUCACGUCAAAUUUCAUUAAUUUACAUACUAUACAUACGUAUUAGCCACAACCUCAUGCAUUUGAAUCAUACGAAUUUGUUUUAACGUCUUUUUAGUAAUUAAAUUAAAAUCAAUUAUCUUAGUUUAAGGAUUAAAUGUCUUGGACAUUAUAUGUAUAUUGCUAUAUACAUACAUACAUAUAUUUAUGUAUACAUAAGCGCAUUGUGUGUUAGUUAUGAGUAGUGGAAACAGGAGAAUUUAAAGGUUGAUAAUGUGACCCAUGUGAUAUAAUACGUGAAGUUAAAUAAUUUUUAUCAAACAAUGAUGAAAACAACAAAGCAGUCAGCGGCAAUUUAAGAACUGGAGAAAUGCUAGCCCAAGAAAGUUUUUGAAAUGAGUGAAAGCUGCCAAUUUGCUGUACUUUGUUUUGCAUUUUUUGUUUGUAUGUACAUAUGUAUAUGCAUAUAAAUAUAUGUACAUAUAUGUG